AUGCCUUCUCAGAAGCCUUUCGGCGUUCCUCCGAGGGACUGGUAUGGCAACCGCGGGCAAGGCCGCGUGCUGCGGCGUCAGCAGGGCCAACGUGGGCCAAUUUCGCCGCCGGCGAUAAUCGCAGCUCGGCCACGCGCGCCUGGCACUGGAACUCCGCUGGCUUCGUCUGUUGCUGCUUCGCCUGGGCCUGGCACUGGAACUCCGCUGGCUGCGGAACCGCCUGCUGGCAGCCCUGGAGUUGCGGCUUCAUCGUCUGUGCCACCUGAGAUGCCAGUUGCAGAUGCUGGCCUGGACCAGGAGAUGCCAGUUGCUGCUGAUGCUGUUGCUGGCCAGGUUGCUGCUGGUGCAGACACAGCUGCUGGCCAGGAGCCGGGUGAGCGACAGUCGCCUUCCGAGACCCCGCCUCUGCCUCCUUUCAAGUGGCCCUUCAAGAAGCUUGCUGAGGUCAGUCAGACGGAAGCCAUGCCCUUCGGAUGGACCAAAGUCCUGCUGCAGGAUAACACGUGCUACUGCUACAACAUAAAGGCCAAAGUCUGCUGCUGGAAUGCGCCUACUUUGCUGCAAGUGCCCGAUGCGGAUCCUUUGCCCCCAGGGUUUUCACCCUGGGAAUUAUGGGAUGUCUGGGGCACCUGCAAGACGAGUCGCGUUUGGUUUAAUCCUAAAGCGGGGACGGUGGCCGACUUCGAUCUUUUCAAAGACGCCUACGAGAGCGCGAAGGCUGAGAUGGAGGCGGCCGAGAUGCAGCGGCGUCGGCGCGAGCAGGAGGCUCGUGAUGAGGCGGAUGCGGCAAGGGCAGCGGCUAAGAAAGAUAAGAAAGAGAAGAAGAGGAGGAGGGGCUGA